CUCAGGAGCGAGACCGUUGCGCCGCCCGCGGGCCGCCCUGGGGAGCGGCCCACAUGGCCACGGCGGUUCAGCGCAAGCGCGGGCGCUCGGAGGAGGCGGCCGACCCGUGCGCAGGGCGGGGCGACCUGCCCAACGCCCCGCGGCUCCCGCACUGCGGCCCCGCGGCGUCGGGCGGCUGGGCCGGGGGUCGCCCGUCCAGCAAGCGGCCGUGCGCCCUGCGGGCCGACCUGAAGUGGGCUGCGUGCCGCCGCGAGCUCUUCCGGGCCGUGCCCGCGGCGGUGCCCUGGGGCGCGCCCGCGCCGGGGGCCUCGGGCGGCCCGGGAGGCGCCGCCGCUCCCUUCGGGGACGCCGCGCCGCCUGGCGGCAAACCCACGGAGGCCGCCGCAGGCGCCUUCCAGUUCGGCGCGCCCAGCGCCGCGGCUGCCAGUGGUGCGUCUUCGUCGGCAGCGGCUUCCAUCUUCGGCGCCACCGCCGGCGCCACCAGCGGCGCGUCGUCUGGCGCCUCGUCCAUCUUCGGCGCGCAGCCUGGCUCCGGCGGGGCUUCUUCCUCAGGGUCGACGAGCAUCUUCGGCACCUCCUCGGGCGCCGCCGGUGGCUCCUCAGGCGGCUCCCUCUUCGGCGCAGCCAGCGCGGCAACGGGCGCGGGAGGCGGAUCCAUCUUCGGCGCGGCCGCAGGCGCGGGAGGCGGCUCCAUCUUCGGCGCACCGCGGGCUGGCUCGGGAGGCUCCGGCGCGGCCUCUGGCGGCGGAGCCCUGGCGGGCCCGGCGGCGGCGUCCUCGGUGUUCUCGUUUGGCGGCGGCUCGGGCG